AUGUCGUCUAAUAUUUUUUAGAAUAUAUGUCGAAUUCACAACAGUGAAGUAAUUGCUAUUAAACUGUCUGCCAAUAAGUAACUAGAUGAUAUUCUUAUGUGUGUGUAUUGUUUAACAGGAAAUGCACAAUAAUCUGUUGUGCCUAUAAAUGAAAUCUAAAGAUUCUAUGAAACUAAAAUUACAAUAAUUAAAUAGUUAGAAAUGGAAAAGCAUUUAUUAAUUAAGACAUCUCUUGGUAUAAUAAUGGAUACUUUGAAUUAGUUGAAAAAAGAUUUAAAUGUUUAAUUGGAUAAAGGAAUUAGAUUGAUUCAAAACCAAUUAUAAAUGGAGAAUCAAAAAUGUACAAGUGAGCAUAAUAUUAAUGAAGAUAAUGAGAAGACUUUGACUGAUUAUAUUCAAUUAAUAGUUGAUAGUAAAUUCAGUUACUGUUAAUACGAAGGAAAUGAAGAUUAAUUUAGUUGGAUCUAAUCACUAUAUCAAGAAUUAAAGAGAUUCAAUAAAAUUUCAGAAGUAUAAUACUGCUUUUUAAUAUUGGAAGAUCUAAAAAAAUAAUAUUUAAUAAAAGAUUAGAAUAUAAAGACACAAAAUUAAAUUUAACAAUUUUAUUAAUCGAUUUCUUCUCAUUAAUUAAAUGAGAGAACUCCUAAAUUAGAUUUUAAUUGUAAAAUACACAGCAAAGAAAUUAUAUUAUUUGAUUUGAAUCCAGAAACAGAAAAGCAUUAGCGAUUAUGUUGUGUGGAAUGUAUGCCAUCUAAUUAUGUAUCAUUAAAUAAAGCAUAGGAUAUAUGGUAAUAAUUUGAAGCUAAAAAAAUUAAUUAUUUCUAAUAAUAAAUAUUAAAUAAAGAAUAACAAUAUGAACAAGUCUAAGAAUAGAUUAUUAAAAUUGAAUAAUAAAUUAUAGAAUAGAUCAAAGAUCUAAGGAUUAAUUUCGAAUAGAAUCUAUUGAUGAUCAAAUAAAAAAAUAAUUAAUACCUUAAUUUAAUUAAGUAGGAUUUCUAAAAUCUAAAUCAGACUGAAUUAUUAGAAAGAGCUGAAAUUUUAAGUAAAACAGAAGAAAUGUAAUAAAUAAUAAUUUCUUAAGAAUAUUAAGAAAUCUAAGAUUCUGUUCUACAUUAAUUGAAAAAGUAGAUUUAGCAAUUAUAACAUUAUUAAUAAAAUUUAUAUGAUAAUCUAAGAUCUACAUUAUGUAAUUCUCAAGAAAUAAGUAAAGCUACAAGUUAAUCAGAUUAAUAAAAUAAUAUUAAUAAUUUACAUUAUUAAAUUACUGAAAAUCGAGAAUAUUCAAAUAGUAAUUAAAUGGAAUUUUUUACAUAGAGAUCUUAAGAAUCUCUAGAUUGGUAAAAAAAUAGCAAUGAAAAUUAAAAAGAAUUUAAUAAUUAAACUAUGUAAACAUUAAAUAUUAUGAAUGAAAAUCGUUAGACUAGAAGUGCUUCUGCUUAGGUGAAAUCUAAAAUGAAGGAAAAUGAAAAAUAAAUAAUAGAAGAACACUAAAUGGAAUUUUAAAAUGAAAAUAAUUAUGAAUUAAUUGAUAGAUUUCCUUAAGAAUAGAGUUGUCAUGCUUUAUAAUUUAAUUAUGAUAAUCAAAUAAUGAUUAGUGGUUGUUAAAAUGACAUAACAGUUUGGGAACUCAAAAAUGGAAAAAUAUCCAAAAAAUAGUAAUUAGAAGGUCAUUCAAAUUUAGUCAUUUCUUUGUUUUUCAGUUUUACUAAAAAUGAAUUUAUAUCUGGAAGUACAGAUAAAUCAAUUAGAUAUUGGUAAAUUAUUGAUAAUGCAUGGGUUUGUUCAUAAAUAUUAUUAGGACAUAAAAGAUAAAUAGAUUGUUUAUUAUUGGAUAAUAAAUGUAAUUAAAUAAUAUCAUGCAGUUGUGAUAAAUCAAUAAGAAUAUGGAGAAAAAAUGAAUAAUUAAAAUGGAUAUAAGUUUAAGUAUUAACCAAUCAUUAAGCCUAUGUUCGUUGUAUAAGUUUCAGCAAGUCUUAAGAGUAGUUUGUAUCUUGUGGAGAAGAUAAGAUGAUAAUAAUUUGGGAAAUUGAUGAAUUUAAAGAAUGGAAAUAGAAAUAAGUAAUUAGAAAUGAUGACUAUGGAUAUAGAAUAUGUUUUGUUGAAGAUGACUUAUUAUUAUGGUAACCAAGAAAUAUUAAUAAAGCAAUUAUAUUUUAAUGGGAAAGCAACUCAAAUUAAUUUAUUUAGAGUAAUUAAAAUAUAUAAUUAAAUUAAUCAAGUAAUGGAUAUCAAAAUUUUUUUCCAUCUAUUUAUAAUUAAUAUAAAUAAGUAGUAAUAAAUAAACAUGGAAGAUAUGUAUAUAUUUUAAAAAAAGAAUAAAACAAUACUUUUUUGAUUUCUUAAGUGAUAGAAGUGGGCCAUUAUUGUAAUUAUGGUUCAUUAUCACCUAAUGGUGAAUAUUUGGUGAUAUGGGAUGAAGGAUCUAAAAAUUUUUAAAUAAGAAAAGCCAAAUUUUGA